AUGAUGGCCGAGUUCCCCCUCGACCCUCAGCUUGCAAAGAUGCUCAUCGCAAGUCCAGAAUUCAAAUGUAGUAACGAAAUUCUCACCAUCACUGCUAUGCUUUCAGUUCCCAAUAUCUGGGUUCGACCGGCUAAUGCAGCCAAAGCUCUUCUAUCGGUCCCCAACAGCGAUCAUCUGACGCUCCUCAAUGUUCAUAAUCAGUAUCAUCGAAACAAGUACGACAAGAAUUGGGCAUGGCAAAAUCAUGUCUCUGGGCGAGCUUUAGCUCAGGCAGAGAACGUUCGUGGUCAGCUUCAGCGAACGAUGGAACGAUUCGAAAUAGAAUUGGUCUCGCUUUCGGACGAAAAGAAACUUUACCAGAAUGUUCGAAAGGCAUUGGUUAUCGGCUUCUUCAUGCAGGUGGCCCACAAGGAGGGGGAAAAGGGUAGUUACCUUACUGUCAAGGACAAUCAGAAUGUUGCACUUCAUCCCUCUUGUGGUCUGGAUUCACAGCCUGAGUGGGUUCUGUUCAAUGAAUUUGUUUUGACGAAGCGCCCAUACAUUCGGACAAAUACUGAUGUUCGGGGAGAAUGGUUACUGGAGUUGGCCUCGCAAUAUUAUGAUCUCUCAUCCUUCCCCGAUGGCGAGACGAAGCGCACUCUGCAGCGUAUGGCCAAGCGCGGGAAGUCUGGUAAUCGAGGGGACUUGCGCCAGAAGAAAGAAAAAGUAAACCUUUCGCACGGGUGUAGGAUUAGAUACUACACACCAGCGAAUUCGAACUGA